AUAUUAAGCCGCAUGACGAGCCAACCACUCAGGCCGUCUCACGGCCGCCUGGUGCCAACGACAUGACUUGGAAGUGCCCGCACAGCGUUGCAGUGGUGCUGUUCAGCUCAUGUGCUUGCCGACCCGUCCUGGCGACGGCCGCCCCCUUCGUCACCUGCACCACCCGAGCUGGCCUCGAGACCCUCUUCGACGGGCCAUUGUGUGCGGCAGAUGCAGAUGCAGGUUUAUUGUGUGUUCAGGACAAUAGACAGCAAUAAAAUGCCAGACUCACGACUCACUGCCUGAGACCUGGUGUUCAGCGGGUGUGCAUCCAUCCACCCAUCCAGCCAUCCCACAGGUCCAGGCAUGCAGCCUACCUGCCUGCUAGCUAGUGCAAGCUAGCCUGCCUUGCCGUGUCCAGAAAUGACAGCAGCAACUACGGAGUACUCCCUUCGGAUAAUCAACCAGUCAAGUCCUUGAUUCGGCGGCAGCUACAGCCCCAUGGGUGCCCAACGCCUGCGCGCUUGGUACCUGUCUGCCUGUCUACAUCUCACCUGCUUGUGCGCCCUCCGAGCUCCAGUCCUGCCAGUCCCGCUGCGCGGCGCAAGCUCAUUUCCUGGGCUCUGGUCGGAUUUCUCGGAACCUUCAAGCCCUCACCCGCCCUCGAAUCGGCGGCUUCAGCCUCCUCCACGGCCGUGGGAACAGCGCCAGAUUGCCCAAUCUUGCGCCGCCGAUUCGCAAUGGCAUUCGAUCCUUCGACGGCCUCCAGAGCAAACCUAAUCCGCUCGUCCUUGAGACAGAAGAAGUCGGACCCUUGGAGAGUAUCCACGGGGUAUCCUGUCCCGUCCCAUGCCCACCCAGCCCAAUAAUACCGCUACCCCGUCCCAUAUACUUGAACUUGGCUCUGCUGUGUGCUGUGGAAGGAGCCAGCACUCCCAUCCCAUCUCGUCUUUUCCCACUAGCGCUGAUGGGGGACGAGGCUCAGCUGCGGUUUAUUUGUGCAAGAUGUCCCGGACGUCGAAUGUCGAAUCUCGCUCGCCUGGCCGCCGGUAACGGUUGGCUGCAGCCGACGCGUGGGGACAGUAACACGUUGAAACGUAACGGUGGCCAGCCCGUCAAGCCCGUCUGGCCCGUCAGCACCCCUCGCCUGGACCGUUUUGUGUGGAUGAGCCUCCAUUCCUCCAUCUCCAAGUGGGGGAAGGAGCGCCUGCCAUUGGGCGAGGACGGCCUCGCCCCCACUUGUUGCGCGACCAUCCUCCCCACGCUUUCCCCAGUCCAGUCCAGUCGCACGGCGUCUCCUCACCUCGACUCCCAUCUCGCAGUGGCUGCCACUCCAGUGGGAGAUGACCCAUUAUGCUCGACCAUCAUGGCCCAAUUUGCCCGGAUUUGCUAAUGGCGAGAUUGUGGGAGGAGGCACCCAGGGCCCCAGGCACCCAGGCAACUGCGGAUGCUACUGUGGACAGACCAGACAGUAACACAGUACAGAGGCCGCCGCACCUGAUUCCAUCCUCCCAGCCCACCCCUCCUUCUCGAAGUCUCGGCGACUAUAACACGACGGAUUAUCACGCCUGCAGCAACGAGACCCCGAUGAGGGAAUUGCUAAAAUGAAGCUCCCACUCACCGGCCUGCUUGGCCCCCUCCUGCCCCCCAGAGGCACAUCAUGCUCGUCCCGGCACCGCCUAUCUGCGUCCAGCCUGUCGAUGCCCUUUCCCGAGCGCGCUUGUCGAUUUUUGUCGUGUGCAUCCGCUCAUCGCAUGACUCCAUGUGGGACUGAUGGAGACGUCGCGUGGCCCAAGUCUCGAGUGCGGAGAAGGACCUGGCCUGUUGAGGCUAAAGCUUGAACGACCGACGACCGACGACCGACGCUUGGUGCCACAGGGUCUGCCUGUAUCUACACAGUAUGCACCAGAGAGGAACCCUCCCCGAGCAUGCUGGAUGCGCCUUCGCACACACUCACACACACACACAUACUGACACUCACCCUCACAAGUAACAUGCUCGCCCAUCGAAACGCUUGCGCGUUCCAUAGGCGGCAUGCUUUCCGGCAUAUAGUUCAAGGGUUCCCCGGAGAUGAGAACUCUUUUCAAAUAAGAAAGAGGGUGGCUGAGCCCGACAAAGUGUUGCGAAUGAAUGCCUCGAACACGCACAAGUGUCGUGACGGGAAUAGCGCCGGCCAACGUCGCACACGCUCGCUCAGCCUCAAAAAUGGCCCGGCCCAAUAGAUUUGGCCAACCAGCAAAGCGCACAGGACUCCCGCGAACACGUCUGCAUACAGCGGUACGCCGUACUGCCUACAGGCACCCUCAGGCACCCUCGAUCUCCCACGCACCCAAUAGCCCUUGCUGAGGAAUCGCAACCUUUCUUUCGGUGGCCAUCUUUUUGCCGAUGGGCCCGACAAGGUUUUCAUUCUGCCAAAUUAUCCUUCGGGACCGGGAAAACCAAAGACACCCGACGACUCCGCCCAAGGUCUCGGUGACUGUCAAUUUAUUAUUGUCGAAUAUCACAGGCCGAUCAGGAGCUGACGUCAAUCGGCACGGGGCGUUGGGGGAUCCCUCCUGGCUUUCCCGCCUUGACGAUCGUCCGCGGUGUGCUGAUGCUGCUGCAGAAGAGCAACACGCGCUAGCAUGCACGCACCCGCCUAUGAAAAUUGAGGCUCUGAGCAUGGCGGCUGGCUAGCCCGCUGCUAGCACUGCCAAACAAGACAAUCUCAUUUUGUGAGCUGCCGGUUUUGGCAUCACCUCGGCUUACGCUGUGCGACCGACCACCGCUCGCUAUCUUCGACUUCCUAGCCGACGAGCCCUUCUGACCCUCUGACCGUCUGACCCUCCGGGUGGGGUCAAUGAUGACCAGCAGCGCUCUGGAGUUCAUCUUGCUAGCAAGGUGGCUGCGGCACUACGGGAUGGGAGCGAAGGGAGGUGUUCUUCGCCCUGACAGAUCGUCGCCCCCUGUGGCUUGUCAUUCGCCCGCCGCAGUUGCUACCUACCAGUCCUGCCAGUUUCUCGCCCGUGGGAUGGACAAGACCUGCACCACGUGAACGUCUGACUUGCAUCCGUCACGAAUGCAACAAGCUGAGGAUGCCCACCUGGCUCCGCGGGGAACUCAGCGGUGUGCAAUGCAGCUAGCUAUACGGCACCUGAACGAGCCUAGACGCCCAGUGCCGCUGCGCUGGAUCCUACCCGCCCAGUAUGGCUAGAGGUUAAGUAGAAGCAGACCUAGGGUGGCCUCGUCAUCCGCUGCCAUGCAUGCGAUACCAGACAAUGGCCUUCAGCUUCUCAGUGGCGGUGAUGGCCUCGCAGCACCGGCCACGCCCAACAUCUCCGGAAAUGUUUCGGUCGAGUGCUGUGCCGCUUGGAAUCCCAGGCCGGGCUCUUCACCGAAAAAAAUGGUCAUCCUCGUACCCAUGUCGCAGCUGGGCUUGGCUCGGCGAGCUGCUAUUUUUCCCAACCUUUCGAGUGACUCGUCACAUAUAGUCGCCAGCAGGUCUGGCCUCAAGCGAGGUGUGGCCUGGACGAUGUGUGUGUUGAACAGAAAGUGGGAUGUGUGGUCAGAAUUAUUAUUGAAGAUGCCUUGCUUGAUAAGGGGUUGAAAGGUGGUUGUGGUACUCAGUCCCGGGCCCUCCGAAUGCAUCGGUGGUCAUCGAGCUCUUCAAGUGAAGCUGCUCUGGUGUAGACUACGGGUUAUCGAGCUAUCCAGGGGGUUGAGUACAUACCAUGAGCCCCGCGACCAUGUUUGUCCUACCCAGGGUGUCAGUGUCCUCGAGGAGUAUUUGGCCAUCAGUCACUGCUGCAGCAGUGAGACGACCGAAUCGGGUCAGCAAGACCACAUGCGAGAUAUCCGUUAUCUGACAUCCAUCAGCACACCAUACUCCCACUCCACUGCUACGCAGAUAUACCAGCGUAUGAUCCUGUUCAUCCUGGGCUACUUCAGACACGGUGCCCAGUCGUCGUUGGUCCGCCCCGCGGGGGCCAGCCACCGCGGACGUGGGGGUCCCCUCGAGAGGCCGUGGCGGUGGCGGAAAAAUACUACGCAGAGGCUAGCGACUAUGCUUUCGUAGUACACGAGGGCAUUCCUUAGGUGUGUGGCUUCAAGCGGACACCAUGACGCCUUCAUCGGCCAAGAUGAACAAACACGACUAGAUGCAAGUUCCCGUACUUGGGUCAGAGUAGCCGAAAUGGAUUGAAUUCAAGUGUUCUCUGAGAAGACAUUCUUCGUCCCCAACAAUAGUCAGUCCAUCACUUCUCGUUCUCGGAACCACGUCUGUCCUCGAGCUCAGUAUAUUCUACUGUAUUACCUUAUCCGCUGUGACUCGAUUCGUGGCUGCUUUGUAGAUGGGCCACAAAGCUGUAGAGAUGCCCACAUACGAAC